UUUGCCCCUGUUUGUGCCCAUGAUUUACAGAGAAACAGAAAGGAGACAGUUGGUUGUGGCUUCUGCCGACAUAAUAGAGCAAAAGAGAGGAGACGUGGCUAUCGAUGAUUUCGUUUCGCUCUGAUAGAUAGAGAGACAGAUGGUUUCAUUUCCAUGGAGAGAGAGAGAUAGAGAAGGAUGCGAUUUCCAACAAAAUUCCAGGUUGUGCGACAGUGGUAUUUAUUUCAUUCUUGAGGAUCGGAUCGGAUCGGAAGCCAUAUUGCUUCGAUCAAGAAACUUCCACCAGCCAAGGAGAUAACUUUUUUUCAUUUGGGUAGUGGUCAUUGGCAUCUCAGCCUCUGGAAAUUGAGCUAACCCACCAAGAUCAAUGGUUCUCUUACUCGUGUUUUUGCAUUUAAUUGCGUAAAGUUGAAUUCUUCGAUGCUUUUCAGUCAGUUUGAUGUUUUCAAUUGGUUUUGGUUAUUGUUUUCUUUGAUUUUGGUACUCAUGAUGUGGGUUUGGAUGUUGGUAAUGGAAACUGGCUUUCUUUUGAUCAUUUGUGAGGUACUCUAGUUCUAUUUCUAAUGGAAAAUAGUUCAUUGAGUGAUUUGUGAUUUUGGGUUUUUGGUUAGUAUUGAUUAAAGAGUUGGUUCAGACUUGAAAUUCACUCUGGUUGCUGAGAAUGAUUGGUGUUUGAGUUAAUCAGUUGAAUAUUUUGCUGUAAUUUGGUUAUAAUCAGUUACAUAUUGGUUUCUGUUUUGGCAUUUGACUUCUAUUAUCUGCCUUAAGGAUUCUGUCAAAUUGAGUUUCACUGCUUUUGCUUUCCUCUAAUGCACAUGUAGUUUGGAGAACAGCCUCAUAUAAAUUACCAGAUUUCUAAUAUAUAAUCCCAAAGGCUUGGCUCAUUUGCUUAAAUUUUGCUUCUGAUUGGUAAGUAGAGACUGUUCUUUUUCUGAUGAAAGUGAGAUUUUCAAAAUUGGGCAGGUCUUGCCAAUUGUCAAUCAGUGCUUACUACGUUAACAUGCUACAGGUAAGAUCAUCAGUCGAAUGACGGUCGUUGCUGAAGUUAGGCAUGUGGAUCUAUUUCACUCGACCAAUGUAGUAUCAAUUUAAGGCAUUUGGAAUUAUUCCAUGUCAGUAGAUGCAGCGACCGCACUUCCUCACGGGCGAAAGUCGAAGAGGACUUUACUGUUCAUCUUGGGGAAACUUUCGAACUUCCAAUUUUGCCCAUGGUUUGGCUGAGGUGGAACACAGCAAGUAGGGUUAGAAACAUAAAUGCAGAAAGCAUGGUGAGGUGGCAGAUCCUGGAGAGAGAGAGAGGAGACAGACAUGAGGCUUCUGCCGACGCCAAGUAAAAAAUAGAGAGAAGAGAAUAGGGGGAGAAGGGAAAGAGGAAGAAACAGGAGCCAAAGUUUCAUCAACCAAUAAUUAAGAGAUUGUCUGAUAACUUAAGGAGAGUAAUGAAUUCCACUAUCUCUCUGAGGAUUUUUCAGUCAUAUAGAAAACGAGGAGGCAAAAAAAAAAAAAACAAAGAGAGAAGAGGAUGUACUACAGAAGAGGGAAGAAAGGAAAGAGGAAUUGAGAGGAGACAAAUAUAUCAAGGAGGUUUUUAUCUGGGUUUUAUUUUCUUCCUUUUGAUUUCUGUUGCUUUUCAUUCCUGCAUGGUUCUUUGUUCUAGAGUUUUGGAGUUGGGUUUGAGUGGGCUCUGGAAUUGAUUUUGGUCCUGCAUGGUUCUUUGUUCUAGAGUUUCGAAGUUGGAUUUGAGUGGGCUCUGGAAUUAAUUUUGGUUUAGGAUUAUAGAGAUAUGAAGUAGGGAAUUGGUUUUGGUUUUGAUUUUGAUCGAGAUUGAGAUUUUAUUGAUUUGGAUAGGUCAUUGAAAGGGUUUUCAUGAUUUUGUUUUUAUAGGCAAUGAAAGAGACGAGUUUUGCAGUAGAAUCUCAGCCAAAACAGGUGAGAAAAAGUUUUGGCCAAGGAAAGGGAUUUGAGCCAUUUUCAGAUUGUCUGCAAUUUUGACCCAGUCACUUUAGCAAAACUGUACUGAUCUACUGGGAAUUUGAGGAAGUUCAUAAUAGGAAGUUGCGAUACAAAGCUCCUAGAACUGCUGGAUUGUAGAAAUUGCUAAACAUCAAUGCUCUUUCAAAUAAAGUUCAUGUAUGCCUUUAUUGAUUUUAAAAAAGUUUGUAUUAGUACAAGCAUAUUGUGGUUUAUUAAAUAUAUAUGGAACAACUACAAGUUCAUUCAGCCAUUUUUCAAAAAUCAGAAUGAAGAGGUGUGCCAGCAUCGCACUUCCGCCGCUAGUAACCGCUAGUAAUUAGUAAGUUAGCAUGUUGCUAUUAAUUCCGGCCUUUCACCCUCUGAAUCAGAAUACGCUCUUUCCUUUUUGUUCAAGGCAGAAAUUAGAAAAUAGGAAUAUAAAAUAAAGUAGGUUUCCUAAUAGGAUUAGGGUUAGAGAUUUUUAGUGCGUGGGACAUUCCUAAUUUCACUUUCGUAAUUUUACAUUUGGUUUAAGUUUAGCAAAGAAAAUAAGAAUUCUGAAUCCUUGUUAAUCAGGGAAGAGUGUAAUUCUUCCUAUUCCUAGUAGGCUUUUGGACUCUUACUCACCCUAUAAAUCCUGAUGUUUUUUGGAUAAUCUGGACGUGUUCUUUGUAGUGAGAUUUGAGAGAGUUAUUGCUACUUCUGCUGCAUGCUUUGUUUUUCUAGUUAUUUGUCAAUGGCAAGUUUUAGAAGAAUCAGUGCUGUUUUUCUUCUUCUGUGUUCGCUGAUUUGUUUACUACAUGGAGUUUCAUCACUUGGCAUAAACUAUGGCCAACUCGGUGACAAUUUGCUGCCACCACAGCAAGUAGUGAACCUCCUAACCGCCAACAACAUCACCAAAGCAAGAAUCUACGACACAAAUCCACAAAUAUUAACUGCAUUCGCCAAUUCCAAUAUUGAGCUAAUUGUGACAGUUGAAAAUGAAGUGCUGGGAGAAAUAACCAAUUCCGAAGCAGGCCUUCAAUGGGUUAGCACACACAUCAAGCCUUAUUUUCCCGCAACGAAAAUUACAGGCAUAGCUGUGGGGAACGAGAUUGAUGCAACGGAUUUGCUACCUAACCUUGUACCGGCCAUGUCCAGCAUUCAAGGGGCACUUUCUCAGCUAGGCCUUGACUCAAACAUCAAGGUGUCAUCGUCUUUUUCUUAUUCGGUGAUCAAAGAGUCUUAUCCGCCUUCUGCUGGCAGUUUCAAAAGCGAGCUCUCCAGUGUAAUGUCACAAUUGUUACAGUUUCUGUCAAGCACAAAGGCACCAUUUUGGAUCAAUGCAUAUCCUUACUUUGCAUACAAGGGCAACUCGAAAGAAAUUCCUCUAGACUAUGUGCUUUUCAGUAAUGCCGGUUCAUCAGCAGGAGUGACCGACCCUACUAGCAAUUUGCACUAUGACAACAUGUUGUAUGCUCAAGUAGAUGCAGUCACUUAUGCCAUUUCUAAAUUGGGCUUCGAUGGCAUAGAGGUUAGGGUCGCAGAGACAGGGUGGCCAUCAAAAGGGGAUGUUGGUGAACUUGGUGCAAGUUUAGAGAAUGCUGCUAUAUACAAUGGGAACUUGUUGAAGAGGCAAUUGGCCAACGAAGGUACACCUUUGAGGCCUAAGCUUGAUGUCUAUAUUUUCGCUCUUUUUAACGAGAACAAGAAGCCUGGACCAACAUCGGAGAGGAAUUUUGGUCUAUUCCAACCGGAUGGAACUUCGGCUUACAAUGUGGGCUUGUUUGGAUCAUCAUCUACCUCAACUAAUGCCCCAUCACCCCCAUCGCCAAGCCUAUCAAAACCACCAACUUCAGCUACCAACUCAACUGCUGCCUCAUCAUCACCCUCAAUCCCAUUAAAAUCAUCAAGCUCGGCUACCAAUUCAACUAAUGCCUCAUCCCCCUCGUCACUUCCUGAGAUUGGUAUGACUUAUUCCUUUGGUGCCAAGGCAACAACAAUGGGAAGCUUGGUGUACAUUUUUCUUUGUGUAUUGACCUUCCAAUUUUGUAUGAUGAUCUAGAACACCAAUAUGGCGAAUGCACGCAUGCGAGUUCAAAUUGGCUUAGUAAUUUGUUCGAUCAAGUAUAUAGGAUGCUGUAAAUUAGACACCAACAUUUUUUUUUUCGUAAGUGUGUGUGUGUGUAUUACUUCUCUCUUUUUUUGUAAGUGUGUGUGUGUAUUUCGUCUCUUGUGAUGUUAAGUUCAUCAAUAUAAAGGAUCUGGCUUUAACCUUAUCAGAGCUAAUUAAACUGGUCAACUUGUUGCAUUAUAAAAGGGCUUUUGUCCCAUUUAAAUGUAUAUGAUAUAGGCUGACAAGCUUCAACAUUUCUUAUGGUUAAACGCUAAUAUAACAGGAGUGCAGAUGCUUUGAUCUCAAUCCCACUUAACUAGCAUUCACUGGCGGAUCCAGGUACAUCCUGGGAGGGACUGAAGCCCACCCCAAAAAUAUGGGCUUAAAAAAAUACUACAUCUAAUUUUAUUGGGUAUACAAUUAACUCAAGCCCACCCGACCCCAGCCCAACCUUUCUGGUUUGAGUUCUU